GUGUUGACUGGCUGCUCCAUUCAAGAGGACGUGCCUUUCCUGUCUUUCCCGGUUUUCUCCUACCUCUAUCUAUCUCUCUCUUUCCUUCUCUCCCUCUCUCCCUUUCUAUCCCCCCACCUUUUCUCUCUCUCUCUCCUUGUUCAUCAUCAUCCUCUGUUCACUGGCUCGCUGUCGUCUCGUCGUAUUCUAUCGGUUCAUUUUUGUUUGUUUUUGUUUGUAUUCUGAUAUUCACUCUGGUGGACUAUUAUAGCGGGAAGAUCAUACCUACCUGCGCCGCAUUCUUAAAACCUCACUCACUCUGAGGCAAACAUACUCCCACACUCACACAGACACACUCACACACCCUGUUGGGAGAGAGACAAGCAAGCAGAGAAGAGUGGAUAAGAGAGAGUGUCAGAGAGAAAGAGAGUCAGAGAGAGAGAGAGAAAGAGAGAGAAGUGGAAAGGAGGAGGGUGGUUGGCUGCGUAGCUUCCCCUGGACUCUCCCCACCUCAUAUCUCCACUCUCCGCCCCAGCCAGCCAGCCUCCGUGUGUGCCUGCCAGCAAGUCCAGCUCCUGGCUCCUCAGCUGCCGGCUAUAGCUGCUCCCUGCUCCAAGAGACUCAACUGUCACCCUCCUCGUCUCUCCACCCAGCCCAGCCCUGCCCUGCCCUGCCUGGCAGCCCUGCCUUGACUUCCUCCCUGCCUGCUGAGUCCCAUCUUCUCAGCUCCCAGCUAGCUGCUCCAAGCUCCAGGAGACUCGACUCAUAUCUACUCUCCACCGAGCCAGCACUGCCUGCCUGCCUGCCUGCCUGCGGAGUACCCUCUCCCAGCUAAAGGAUUCCAGACUCCCCCCUCCCCAUCUCUCCUCCACUCUCCAUCCAGUCUGCCUGCCUGCCAGCUUGCUUUGCCGAGGUCCCUCUCACAGCUUCAGGAGGAGGCUCGAGACUGCCCACCCAACAGCAACACCCACACCCCUCCUCCUCCUCCUCCUCCUCCUCUCUCCACCCUCGUCUGCCUUUUGCUCAAGCUACGCUAGUUGCCGCUGCUACCAGCUGACAGGACACUCCUGUGAGUGAGCUACGGUACAGUACCAGACCGUCGCCACCGGGAGAGCAGAAGCAGAGGCAGCAGCAGUAGCAGCGCUACAGCGGGAACAGGAUACAGGAUACAGCAGGAUACAGGAGCAGCAGCAGGGAGAAGAGAAGGGAUACAGCGGGAAGGAGGGAAAGACAGGAGCAGCAGCCUACUCUGAUGGUCAUGGUGAAGGAGAAAGUGGCCCAUGCUCAGGAACCCCACCACCCCCCAGAGAAGCCCGUCAUCCGGUGCUACAAGUGCGGGGAGCCAUGCAAGGGGGAGGUGCUGCGCGUGCAGGCCAAGCACUUCCACAUCAAGUGCUUCACUUGCAAAGUGUGCGGCUGCGACCUGGCCCAGGGCGGCUUCUUCAUGAAGAACGGCGAGUACCUGUGCACACUGGACUACCAGAGGCUUCACGGCACGCGCUGCAACGGCUGCGGAGACUUCGUGGAGGGAGAGGUGGUCACAGCCCUGGGCAAGACCUACCACCCAGCCUGCUUUGUGUGCACCAUAUGCAAGCGGCCUUUCCCUGCAGGGGACCGGGUCACCUUCAAUGGGAAGGACUGCCUGUGCCAGCGCUGUGUGCAGCCGAUGGCCCCCACGCCCAAAGACAUCAGCACCAGCAGCAACUGUGCGGGCUGCGGUAGGGACAUUAAGAAUGGCCAGGCUCUGCUGGCGCUGGACAGGCAAUGGCACCUGGGCUGCUUCAAGUGCAAAGCCUGUGGGAAGGUGCUCAGCGGAGAGUACAUCAGCAAGGAUGGCGCCCCCUACUGUGAGAAGGACUACCAGAUCCACUUUGGCGUGCAGUGCGAGGCCUGUCGGCAGUACAUCACAGGGAAAGUACUCGAGGCAGGCGAUAAACACUACCACCCCAGCUGUGCACGAUGCAGCCGGUGCAACCAGAUGUUCACGGAGGGGGAGGAGAUGUACCUGCAAGGUUCGACAGUAUGGCAUCCAGACUGCAAGAACAACAGCAGAGCUGAGGACAAGUACAGGGGAAUGCAGCGGUCUCCGGGAAAGCCCACCCCUUUCGAUAUCUUUUACCCCUCGCCCCAGCCCCAGUCCUCGCAUCAGGCCAGUCGACACCCCAAAAGCAGGCCUGAGCUCCUCCCUCCCUCUGUAUCUUCUCUCCACCAAUCAGAAAGGCAGCCCACCCGUUCGUCGUCGGAGAGCAUCUGUUCGCGGCCGGGCUCCAGCAUCCAGGGCUCUCCGGGCCACACCAUCUAUGCAAAAGUAGACAAUGAGAUCAUUGAUUACAGGGACCUAGCGGCCAUCCCCAGGGUGAAGGCAAUUUAUGACAUAGAGCGUCCCGACAUGAUCUCCUAUGAGUCUCUGCACUCCAACUCCUCCACCCUGGACCACAGGCAGGGCAGGCAAAGCCCUGGAGAGCCAAUAAAUCCUGGUGUUGACGACUCACUCAAGGCUCAAGAGACUAACCUGUCUCGGCAGCCCUCUCCAGCGCUCACCUCACCCAGGACGCUGUCUCCCACCCCUUCCGCUGAGGGUUCCUAUGACAUGAGGGAGCGUAUAAUGCAGAGGUCGACCAGUCAGGGUUCAAUCGGCUCGCCAGUCUAUAACCGACAUAGCUACACGCCUACCAUCUCACGUUCGCCCCAGCACUUCCACAGACCAGGAAUGCUGAAACUCUGUUCUUCUUUGCGCUCUGGUACCAAUGACACACGCCCCACUUCCCCCUUUCGACAUCACUUCCUCCCCCAUAACAAAGAAUCUUUCUGCAUAGAUCCAGCUGCCAUGGCAGCCCAAAGCAAGUCCGCCGAUGACAUCAUCAAAUCUGCCAAGUUCCCUGCUGCCCACGCUCCUCAACCCAACGACAUACCAAAGAUCGAGACCGACCACUGGCCCUGUCCUCCUUCCCUGGCCGCCCUAGGGUCGUUGGAAGGACGGAGUCGAUCACGAGACGAGGAAGAAGAAGAGGUGACGAAACGUAGACAGAUGCAGGAGGAACAUCUCAGCAAGAUCCAGUCCGGGUUGGGCAAAUUAAUCAUGAAGGAAGAGAUGGAACGCGAGAUGAACCGGGAGAGAUACAGCUACACCACGCCACGCUACAACCAACAGUUCACCAACUGCAAUCCAGACCCCAGCUCCCCAACUACCAAGACCUCGUCACUGCCUGCAUACGGACGCAACGGUUAUCGACCUCAGUCCACGGAGCUUACUCAAUACAACAGCUAUGGCGAUGUGUGUGGAGGCGUGAGAGAUUUUAAGGUACGUGAGCUCCAUCCUACCCCUAUUUCUCCAUGCCUCCCCUAGACCAGUGAUGACAACCUGGAUUCAGAAGUUAGAAUCUAGUGCCACAUAUUCUAAAUGACCGGUUUCAAUUAGGCAUUCACAUCGUUGAAUUUGGCAUGUCAGGUCGGGGACAUGUUUACCUCAGGAUCCGCGUGCAAACGCAUUGUCUUGCGAAUUUUGUGUCAAUUUUGCGUGCAGUAGAGCACCAGACACAAUGUAUGCAAAUGUGUGCGUACGGUGCAAUAUUGGCAGAACCGCGAGAAACGACCUCUUGAACUUCCACAUUGAGGUUACAGUAGUGUCAAACAUGAUGGAAAAUAUUGCAUAAUGAGAGUCCCGUUGGCCAUCUGCCCCCUACAUGAUACCUCCAGUAUCAAUGUGCUCUGAUCGUUCUGAUCGUGCACUCAGUCCGACGCGGUUGCGUAAGUAAAUUAAGUCAUACAGCAGGCAUGACCCCGGCCUAAAACCAGGUCAUUUGGAAUACCGUAGCACCAUCUCAAUGUCAAGUGUUCUAGCCUUGCUAGGAAAUGAAACGCCUGGUGAUUGGAUACUCGGCAGAGUUCACCAAAGAGUAUCCAAUGACUGGGCAUUAUACGUCUUAUCAAGGCUAGAACACUGGGCAUUGAGAAAGGGCCCGUAUGUGUCUCUGGAUUGGAACUCCUUAAUCCAGGUGCCUUUCACUGGCCUUGACCCAUGCAGAGCAUGUCACUGUGGUGCCCACUACAUAUCCUGCUUCCCCAUGGGCAAUGGAGCAGAGCAGUGUAUGUCUCUCUCACCACCUCAUUAUGUGCUGCUGCUCAGGUCUUGUGUCUUGUGCGUGCUCAUCGUUACCCCUACUGGCAGGUCAUGGAUCUGCAGCCUGGGUGUCUCUUGUUCCGUUUCAAAGAGGCCACUUAAGUUUACUGUAAUUGACACUGUCAUUUCGUAAUGCCAGAAAAUAUAUAUACUGUAUACAGGUAGCAAUAUAAGGGACGUACGUAUACCUGAUGAACUGUCAGAAAAUAUGAACAUUGAAAGGUACAAUUAGCUGUCAAGUUGUUUUAAAUAUCGGAUGUUGUUUUUCUGUACUUGGAAGGUGUCCUAAGAGAUACCAGACUACCAGCAAAUCAUUUUAAUACUACAUACGACUGCGAUGUUCCACUGUGGUAAAACUUUGGGACACAAGCAAGAGGUUCUUUUUUAAGCAACAAUCCACAAAAGCACCAUAAGAAUUCAUGUACAUAACUUCACAAUGCAGUUCAAUUACCUUGAGUGAUUUGUGCGUUUUAAUUUGAAAAAUUAAAAUUUAAUUUUAAUUCAUACCUGUAGAUAGGUAUGUAUGUUAGCAAUUGGUGUUUCAAAAUUACUGAUAUUAGUUUGGGGUGAAGUGCUGGAUCUACCUCAACGAGAAGGGGUAACUAACGCCUGGCCUUGGUAGCCUGUACUUGUGUCCCAGUUGGAAUGGUUUGGUGUGGGGACUGGGGUAGAGUGCAUAGUCAAGGUGGGUGUGGUGCCUGACAAACACUACCAACAAUGAAAAAAAACAUGGCCAUGUACACAUAAACAGGAACUCACUCCUCUGAGCAUCAACAUCAAGGUUCUAUAAAAACAUUCUGAAGCCCUACUUCGCUGAGCAACUAUAACAUCUCAUACCUCAGAACUCUAAUCAUUAGAGCAUAGGCGAUGUGCAGAAUAUUUAUGGACAUUGUUCCACAAAGGAAACUGAUGCCACAUCAUCCGUUGUGUUUUGCCUCUUUAUUUUAAUCAUUUCUGUCUUACUCUCAGACAGCCAGGCUUAUAAAGUCUUCAUUAUUUACUGUAACUUUUGAGUUACACGGACAGAUAAAGUAAAUCACAUUCAACACUGGGUCAGCCCAGGCAACACAAAUCAGAGAGAGA